GUGGCGGGUAUCCGGUCUCGGUCUCCUCGACCUUUUCCAUGCCACACGGCUCAUCUCGCGCUGCAGCACCUUGUGACAAGGACAGACCACGACCCAAGAAAGUCUCGCCAGACUCUUUGGAAUCCUCACUCAUACCUUUGGCCUCCCUUUUUCAUCGUCGCCUCCUAGUUUGUGCAAGCCGACGUUCUUCGCAAAGGUCUUCUUGGCUCGAACGCAACGCCUUCGCGGUCGUAGCGUAGACCUCCCUUGCCUCGGUGCGACUCGG